UAUAGAUAUUCAAUUCCUUAGAUACCAUUUAUGCACGUACAUUAUUAUAUAUAAUGUUCAAUGGUCUUAAAUGACAUUUCAUCGUUCGAUACAUUCCAAAUGUUAAUGCAACCGUAAUGUCAUACUUCGAAUUCACGAAAUAAAAAAAACAAAAAAGGCCAAAACAAAAUUUAAUUCAAGAAAAGAUGACGAUGCUGGGAUGCUGGACUUAGGAUGAGAUCGAGUUAAGGCUCUUGCUGCUCUAGCCGGUCAUGGCAAGGAAUAAGAUGGUGCCGAUUAUACUUUUAUUAUUAUUCUGUUAUUUGAAGUUGGAACUAUGUAGGGAGGACAGUGACUGUUGUGUUCCCCUUAUUUUUAGGCAAAGAGUUGGGUUGUUUCUUCAGACUUGAACCUAUAAAUAACCAUUCAAUCACAAAGAAGUAAACUUAAGGAACGUCAACUAGAUCCAGAAAAGGAAAAAAGUAAAGUCAUGAACUGCAUAGAUCUGGAGUACCCUAGAAAAAUGAGGACGCAUGGAUGAUGGGUAUAGCUAAGAUGAGAGGGUUAAGGCUGUUGCUGCUUUUAGCUAGUUCUGGCAAGGGACUGGAAAAACAAUGCCCACAAAUUAAGGUUUAUCUAAAAUGAAACCAAAAAAUAAGCUAGCUAACCUGCAAAGGAAAGUGAUGGAGGGGUGAAAAGAGAAAGAAAGAAAUAGACAAAGAAAAGUAUCCUAUACGAUUGUCCAUUGCCCAUUUGUCCCUACUGCAAGGCUUUCAUACACUACUACAGGACCACAGCACAUAUGGGAACAGCUGAGAUUUGGGAAAAGUUGAAAGCAAUUAAAGGGCUCCUGCCCUUCCCCCACCCCAUCUUCUCCCAAACCACACACCCAAAGCGAGAUGGCCCGCUUGCCAGAUCUCCCCCCGUCUCUCUCUCUCUCUCUCUCUCUCUAAAAUACACAGUCAGCGCCCAUGCCAAUAUUUCACUUCCCAAAAAGAAAAGAAAAGAAAGAAGAAUCACUCAUUUGGUAAGUAAUUUCAGAUGUGGCAAUGAAAACCCAAAGCCACUUUAGGGAGAGAUCAGACACAUCACAGAAAAGAAAAGAAAAAAAAAAGACAAAAUUCAUCAUACACCCAUUUAUGAUGUGAAUGCAAAUUGGAGUACACUGAAAUGGGAACUGGCUAGCUAGUUUGCUGCUGGACUUUCUUCUUCUUCUUCUUCUUCUUCUUCUUCUUCGUCUUCUUCUUUUAAAUUGAUUGGCAGGUGGCAGCUUAUUAAGAAUAUCUGAAAUGGUAAACGUCAGGGAAGUUCUUGGAAGGUAGACGAAGCCCUGGGGAGGACUGGGGUAGAAGUGGUCAACCACGUUUAACAUACGAACUCGCAAGCGCAGCUAGCGGCGCCAAUUGGUCGGUCGUCGGGGCAUGUUGAUUUCAACAGCCGGAAUUCAUACAGUAGGGUUUUAAACCCUCAUCAGAAUCAAACGGUCAACAAGUGGUCCACGCGGGUCCCCAUCAGCGGCCCCUACCACUCCUCAGAUCUCUCGUCUUUUAAAUUUUCUCCGCCAUCAUUCAUCUCGAGCUCAUUAUUAUAUUUAUGCGCUUUCACCUUUGGCUUUCUACUCUGACAAAAGCUAAGCUAGCUAGCUCUCCGCUCCAGCAACGACAACAUAGUUAAAUUUAUCUGUUGGAAUAGAAAUUCUAAAUUUAAGGGCAUGGUUUUUCAUACUGCUGAGUUGCUGCAGAGGUGCUCCCAUGGAGAACAACCCUAGCUCCUCUAGAACUGACAGGAAGACCAUAGAGCGAAACAGAAGAAAUCAAAUGAAAACCCUUUACUCCCAGCUCAGCUCUCUUGUUCCCCAUCAAGGCUUAAGGGAGGCAGCUUCAGUGCCUGAUCAGCUGGAUGAGGCAAGGAGCUACAUAAAGAGGCUGCAGACGAAGCUGGAGAGGAUGAAGGAGAGGAGAGAAAGCUUGAUUGGGGGUCACAAGCUGAGUACGAGCGAAGAGAAGAGUGUGGGAGGAUCAAAAUCAUUGCCACAAGUCGAGAUUCGUGAGACGGGUCCUGCUCUUGAGGUGGUUUUGAUCACUGGGUUGGAUUAUCAGUUCAUGUUCAACGAGACGAUCCGCAUACUUCACGAAGGAGGCGCCGAUAUCGUCAAUGCCAGCUUUUCGGUCAUCCAUGAGACGGUUUUCCACACCAUACACUCCAAGGUUGAAGAGUCUUCAUCAGCUUAUGGCGCUGCUCUUAUAUCUGAGAGACUUAAGAAGUUGGUGCAUGAUGUGAAUUAACCAGUCUUGAAGUAUGAUCAAACAACUAUCUUCUUAAUGAAAUUAAGUUCUGUGCACAUUUGUUUGCCUAGAAAGCGUGUUAAAAUUUAAUUAUUGCAGUAUAUAUAUAUAUAUUAUCAAUCAUGUAGUCCAAAUGCUUAAUUUAUCAAUCCAGGAAAAAAAAAAAAGACCAGUUAAGAGUCAA